UACCAGACGAGGAAGCUUCUUUGUGAGGUGGGCUUAGGCUAUGAGCAAAUUGAUGUUUGUCAAUACGAUUGUGCAUUGUUUUAUGGUGAGAAUGCAAAUGCAGUGUCAUGUCCUGUAUGCAAGUCUAGUCGUUAUAAUUUUAGUCAUGGCACCUGGUCGUCGCACCACUCGAUCUACUGCUCAAAGUCAACAAGUUGAACCAGUCAUUGAUCCUCCUGCUCCACCUUCACAAGUUGUUCGCACUACUCGGUUGAGAAUAGAGAAUCAACAAGUUGAACCAGUCAUUGAUCCUCCUGCUCCACCUACACAACUUAUUCGCACUACUCGGUCGAGUUUAGAGAAUCAACAAGUUUGUCGCACCACUCGAUCUACGGUACUCAGUCAACGACCUAGAACCACCCCACAAUCUAAUGUAGAGAGAGAACACCCUCAAGGCUCCACACACCCCACUGUACAGGGUGAACAAGUCAAUGUGAUGACCCAUUUUGAUACCGAAGAUGAUAAUCAAUCUUCCCAAGUUCCAUCAGGACAAACAUCUUCCUUUAAGCCACGUGGAGUUACUCGCGGCUUGACAACUACAACUAUAGCUAAGGCAUCAUCAACUGGAAAGUUGUCAGUGACUUUUAAUGCGGAGUGUCGUCAACCAAUUUGUACUAAUGCUGAGAAAUUUAAUAAUGAGAUUGGAUUCAUUAUUCGGAAUCAUGGUACAUUUCAUUAUAAAGAGUGGAGAAUGGUCCCAGAAGAUGAACAUUUUGACAUCAACUUGAAUGAUGAGACAACUAAAAAAUGCAUUGAUGAGCAAAUGAGAAAAGCUUGGAAGGGUCAUAAGUACAAGCUGCACUUAUAUUUCAAAGAAAUUGGAGGAGAGAAUGAUCUUGAGAUGGCCAAGAGCAAACGUCAUCCAGACUUAAAAGAAGAACAUCAAGAAGAUUGGAUGAUUUUGUGUGAUCGUUGGUGUUCUCCUGAAUUUAAGGAAAGAGCAUUAAAGAAUACUACCAAUCGAUCAAAGAGGAAAUGGGAGUCGAAAAAUGGUUCAGUCUCCACACCACGACAUCACAUUCGACGUGGAAUGGUGUUAACUUCUCCUACCGGUCAAAUUGAGACAUGGCAUCUAAAGCAUUAUGAUGCUGAGAAAGGAUGGACUGGAAUAGAGCUCGGGCCAUUAUAUGAUAAAAUGAUGGAGUUAAGGGGUCAACAUCCUCCAGAAGAACUGUCUGAUAAAGAGAUUAUGGAGCGUGUACUUGGACGUGAUUCGGUAUACUUGCAAGGGUGGGGGCGGUCUCCUAGUGUCACAACUUCUACUUCACAUCGUGAAAAUAUUGUGGGUAAUCAACCAACUUAUGAAGAGUUACUUGAACGACUUAAUGAUACAACUUCCCGCCUUAAUGCUACUAGCGAACAACUUAGUGUAGUUGUGGAUAUACUUCGUCAUAACAAUUUGAUGGCACCGCCUCCACCACCUCCAACAGACCAAGCUUCAGAUGCAAAUUUAAGAGAGUCGCCAUCUAUUUCAGUUCGGGAGUCACAAGAUGAUUCUUAGUUUAUUUACAUUAAUUUUACUAAGGAAUGAACUUUAUGAAGUUUUUUUUAUUUUGGUAGGGGUAACCUUAAAAUGAUAACUUUAUAACUUAUUUUAGUAUUGAACAUUAUAAAGAAUUUUAGCAUUAAAUAUUUUA